CUCCAACUAUAAAAGCCGGAUUGGGCUGAGCUUCCAGUAUUAGUUCCCCCAAUCAGCUCCCAUUGUACACAUCUCCAAUCAACAUGCGCGCCUUUAUCCUUCUGUGCCUGUUCGCUGCCAGCUGCAGUGCAGACAAGCUGGGCUACAACUACCAACCGGUGGGCCAUGCCGAUGAAGGUCUGUCCUUCCUGCCUGGUCAAGCUGGUCAAGGUCAGGUGAUUGGGGAGCUACCCCAGCAGCUGCUGCAACCCGUGCAGAGUGGCGAGGCGGUGCUCUCCCAGCCCAUUGAGGCUCCCCUCCAGUCGGCCCCCUUGGCCCCGCAGAUUGCGCCCCUCGUCGAGGAGUUCCAGAAGGAGUUCUACAGCUAUGGCGCCCCCGAGGAGCAGUUCGAUGAGGGGGUCAGCAACCAGCAGAUCGCCAACUCGCUGAAGAAGAACCUCCGCGUGGUCUUUAUCCGCACACCCGAGAACCAGGGCUUCGAGCGGGCCGCCCUUCAGUUGGCCAAGCAGUCCGCCCAGCAGGAGACCGCCAUCUAUGUGCUGUCCAAACAGUCGGACGUGUCCAACCUGGCCAAGCAGCUGAACGCCCUGAAGACCAGCUCAAGCAACAAGCCCGAGGUGCACUUCGUUAAGUACCGCACUCCCGAGGAUGCGGCCAAUGCCCAGCUGGCCAUCCAAAACCAGUACAACCAGCUGCCCGGCGUGUCGCGCAUCUCCAACGAGGGUCGUGCCCCCGUCCUCAACUUUGCCUCCCAGGCAACCCAGCCUGCUGUGCUCCCCGCCAGCGUCGCUGCUCCGGCUUCGGUUUCGGUUUCGGCUCCCAGCUCGGAUUAUCUGCCCGCCAAUGUGGUGGCUGGCCAGGAUUACCUGCCACCCACUCUGCGUCGCUUCCGCCUGAAGUGAAUGUUUUCAAGGAAGAAAGUCCAACGGUAACGUUUCCUAACCAAUCGCAUUGAAAACCUGUCCACUUCCACAUCACGUGCAAUUUAACUAGCUCUUAAGUGUCCAUGUAGAGAAAUAAAAAUUUAUUUUGCUGACAAAUUC